AGAAUGACGGCGUGGAUUGGGGGAAUAACCCUAGAAUGAACUUCCCCGGAAUCGAAUCCCCACAAUAGUCUCAAGUCUGGAAUGAAUGUUUGUUUUAGUCAAAGUUUGCUCGGAAGCUAGGCAGGGAGAGAGGGAGGGAGGCACAAAAGUAUGCUCGAGUUUGAUGGAACGAGUCUCGGAGCUUGCGAGUACGAGGUAGGACUUUUCAUAUAAGAAUGUCGGAUGGCUCUUGAGAGGGUGUUGCUCGUCCUGUUUGUUCUCGCUUAACUUUCAUCCUGCUGUAGCGAAGAAAUAUUGAGACAGUCAUGGCUCAAAAGCUUGCCUUCACAGCAUUUGCUGCUCUGAUUCCACUCAUCACAGCCCAGCAGAUCGGGACAGAUACACCUGAAGUCAACCUCCCGUUACCGACCUGGAAGUGCACAACAAGCGGCGGUUGCGUGCAGCAAAAUACCUCGAUAGUCCUAGACUGGAACUUCCACUGGAUCCACCAAGUCAACAGUUCCGCAUCAUGCGCGACCUCAACUGGUGCUAUAAAUUCCACCCUAUGUCCCGACGAAGCAACAUGUGCAAAGAACUGCGCCAUCGAAGGCAUCCCCAACUACGCCAGCAGCGGCGUAGCCACCUCAGGAGACGCCCUGACGCUGCAUCAAUACACCCAAAGCAACGGCGUAACCAGCAACGCAUCCCCGCGCGUCUACCUCCUCGGCGCCGACGGCAACUACGAGAUGCUGCAACUCCUCGGCCAAGAACUGCGUUUCGACGCCGACGUCUCGACUCUUGUCUGCGGCGAGAACGGCGCUCUGUAUCUCUCAGAGAUGGACGCCACAGGAGGCCGCAGCCAGUACAACCCCGGAGGCGCCUCCUACGGCUCGGGGUACUGUGAUGCGCAAUGUCCCGUCCAGACCUGGAUCAAUGGUACUUUGAACACUAACUCCCAGGGCGCAUGCUGCAACGAAAUGGACAUCUGGGAAGCAAACGCCAACGCCACGGCCCUAACACCGCAUCCCUGCGAAGGCGAUACGUGCGACAAGUCAGGCUGUGGCUUCAAUCCCUAUGCGCAAGGCGUGCACAGCUACUACGGCAACGGCGGGACGGUCGAUACCCUGAAGCCCGUCACCGUCAUCACGCAAUUCUACACCAGCGACAACACCACGACGGGCUCCCUGUCCGAGAUCCGGCGUCUGUACAUGCAAGACGGAAAGCUGAUCCAGAACGCGGUCUCGACGUCCACAGCGGGCCUGGAUUCCAUCACCGCGUCCUGGUGUACUUCGUCCGACGCCUCGGCCGCGAGUCUGGGCGGGCUGACGACGAUGGGGCAGGCGUUGGGACGGGGCAUGGUGCUCAUUUUCAGUAUCUGGAAUGAUGGGGGUCAGUUUAUGAAUUGGCUUGAUAGUGGGAGUAAUGGGCCGUGUAGCAGUACGGCGGGGAAUCCGGCGAGCAUUGAGGCGCAGACGCCGGGGACUUAUGCGACGUUUUCGAAUAUUAGGUGGGGGGAUAUUGGGUCGACGUUUGAGGAGAGUGGUGCGUCUAGUCCGAGUAGUACAGCAAUGUCGACGUCGACGAGUACUACGACUGUGGCUAAGAGUCCAGCGCAGAGCCAGUAUGGGCAGUGUGGUGGCAAUGGGUGGGCGGGUCCUACAGCGUGUGCUGCUCCGCAUACUUGCACACUUUUGAACCCGUAUUAUUCGCAAUGUUUGUGA